CUCCAGUGCGCGACGACACACAUGCAGCGCGACCACCGCCGCCGGCACCGCCACCGCCGCUGCUAGCGCCCGCGCACAAGCACCCACAACCACACACUCUCUCUCACAAACACACACGCACCGAACCGCCGGCCCGCCCGCCAUGGAGCGGCCGCUUGCUUUCGCCGCCGCCAUCUUGGCGCUCACAUUACCCUACGGAGUGCCCGCGGCGUCCCGUGGCAGCAGCAACUACUACGGCAAACCCAUCGGCCCCCUGACCGAGUACGCACACGGCAUCCGAGGCACCGCGUACGCCGUCGACGAGUCCACGAUCUUCAUCAAGGGCUUCUCCUACGACGGCACCGGCCCAGACGCGUUCUUCUGGGUCGGCAACACGUCCAGACCUUCGCCUGACGGCUACAUCGUACCAUACCCAGAUGACUACAAAGGCAGAGAGCCUCCAAUGCUGAAGGCUUACAACAACACGGACGUGAUCCUGAGGCUGCCCGGGGGCAAGCGGAUCCGCGACAUCAAGUGGCUGAGCGUCUGGUGCCGGCGGUUCACGGUGAACUUCGGCGAGGUGUUCAUCCCUCUGGGGCUGGAGGUGCCCAAGGCGCGCGUCCUGCCCGAGUUCAAGCGGCUGGCGCACGGCCUGCGCUCGGGCAACAUCAGCGUGCUCGACGCCAAGACCUUCUACAUCCCCAACCUGCACUACGACGGCGCCGGGCCCGACGCCUACUUCUGGGUCGGCAACGGCACCGAACCCAGCCCUCUCGGCAUCAAGGUGCCCAACGAGAUAGGCAGCCUGGACCCGCUGCGCGGCUACCAGGGUGAGGACAUCGAGAUCCAGCUGCCGGGCAACCUGACGGUGUACGACAUCGACUGGCUGGCGGUGUGGUGCGUGCAGUACCGCCACAACUUCGGCCACGUGCUCAUCCCCAAGGACCUGGACGUGCCGCCGGCCCUGGGCCAGACCAAGAUCACUACGAGCAGCACGGCGCCAGCGCCCGGGGACGUGGAGGAGGUGGGCUCCGGGAACUGCCGGCAGCUGCUGGGCGACCGCCUGCAGGUGCGCUGGCAGAUGAUGGCCGACGGCGUGCAGGUGCAGCUGGACGCGCGCAUCCGCGAGGACCAGUACGUCGCCUUCGGGCUCAGCGGCGAGCAGGGCAGGUCGACCAUGGUGGGCGGCGACGUGGUGGUGGCGUUCUACGACGCGUCCACGGGCCAGUUCCGCGCCGACGACUACUACAUGUCGGCGACGGCGCAAUGCGACGGGCAGAACGGCGUCUGCCCCGACGAGCGACUGGGCGGCCGGAACGACGUCGUCGUCAUCUCGGGGCGGCGGACUCGCGGCGUCACCACCGUCGUCUACAAGCGACCUCUGCGUACCAACGAGCCGGUACACGACCGUGCCAUCCCGUCGCAGGGCGCCAUCUCCGUCAUCGCUGCAAUCGGGCCACUCAACACGCGCAAAGAAGCCAAUGCGCAUGCGCCCACGGACAAGACCGCAGAUGACAUACGAAUUGACUUCAGCAGCCGUGAUGAUAACGACUGCGUGAUAUCCCCAUCAGAUGUGACAGAAGCACCUACCAUCCAACCCUGGCCAGUCGAAAAAAUCCUGGGAGAAACACAAUUCACGGCGCGCAUCGGGCCCACUGGUGGGAAACGCGGUUACACCCCAAUCACAGGUCAUCCUUCCUGGGGAAUUGCAUGGUACAUAAAUGACCGCCUCAUACCAGAAAUAACAGUUGAGAGAGGUCAGACAUACACCUUUAUGGUAGAAGGAGGUAAUGAUCGCACAAAUCCUGCACGUUACCAUCCCUUCUACAUAACUGACAGUCAUGAGGGUGGUUUUGGCCAAAAGUCGGAAGAGGAUCAGAAAGAGCAGAGAGUUUUUGCAGGUGUUGGCUAUGAUGCAGAGGGAUAUCCAUAUCCCACGGCAGCUGGACGUUACUGUGAAUGGACACACAAAACCAUUGAUAAAUCAGCGGAGACAGAAACAUUUGAAGAAUUCCUAAAAACAUUGAGACUAGUGUGUGAUGAUGGUGCACCAGCUUACCUCAACUGGACUGUUGAUGAGGAAACACCAGACUUGGUUUACUAUCAGUGUUACACCCACAAUAACUUGGGCUGGAAGAUACAUGUCGUGGAUCGAGGACGGUGGUCACAACGAAAUGGUACAAAUUCAGGCACUGUGGUAGUGCCAUCUCUGGUCCUUCUGAUAGCUGUUCUGCUGAACACCAUUCUGCUCUUUCAGAGAUGAAACAUAGACAAUAAGUUUGACAAUAAGAUAUUUGCAUUUGUAUUUUUUUAGGGUGAGUUGUAACCAAUUUUUAAUUUUUCUACAUCCAUGAACAUAAAUUUGCAUUUACGCACAGAAUGAGAUUGUGUCAUGGUGAUUGAUAUGAAGUUAAGAAAUUGCACAAACCAUCAGUAAAGUAACUGGACAAUUGUUAGUUACUCUCUAUCUUGGAGGAAGUUAAUGACUUGUGAUAGAAGUUGGGUUUUCCUCUAGAUUAACUGUGCAUGUGCUAAAAGAGGGUCCAUUGCACUUUUAAAAAGAAAUUCCAAUCCUGUGUGAAAUGAGUGAAUGAGCCAUGAUACUUUUGCACUUAGUGAAGGUGAUGCAUGGAGACAAUUACUUAAUUUUAAAGAUCCAAAGUAAUUUAAGCUUUGAGAUAUAUGCUUUCGGGUAUCUCAGUAUUCUAGAGCUAUGUACAGUUCUGUUUCAUUCUUUCAUAUGUUUUUGUAUGUGUAUUAACACAUUUCUCCCACACAUGUUUAAGCAAUGUGCACAGAUUCUGAAAUCCAGGAGAAUUGUUUCAGAAGUAUACUACAGAAAUCUAAGUUUCUGCUGAGUACUGUUUGCAUCAUAUCAAAAUGCAUGAUGUUGCAAAUGAAAAUUCAGUUAUUGAACUUCCAAUAUUCCAGUGUUUGCCAUUCAGAUAGCAGUGCAGGCCACUUCAAGUAGCACAUUAUUUGUCUCCUUAUAGUUUUUAAGCUUCUGUACAAAUAAAUAUUUGUACACAAAAAUUUAUGUGAGUUUGUUCUAGAGGAAAGUAGCCCUUCGAAAAAACAAAACUGGAUGUAGUAAACUUCUAUUUAUGCAAAAAAACCUGCCUAUAAUUUUGAGAAAUCUGAAUGACAACACUGUUGAAUGAAAUGAUUGAGGUUAAACUUUAUGAUACUACUUGUUCCAACUGGUGCUUUAUGAUUAGACAGAAAAAUUUUUGAUGGUAAAUAUUUGUCAACUACAUAACCUCAUCUGUGCUUGACUGGACAGGACAAUAAUUUUACAGUAGAUCCUAAUAGAAUAAGCAAAUGAAUAUACACAUUACUACAAAUAUUCCUUGCAUAUCAAAAAUAUUUACAGAAACAUAUAAUUCAUACUUAAGCUCAGAAUAUAUUUUUGUAAUUCAUGAUGUUCUCUAUUUAAAUCACUUAUGAGAAAGACAUUCAUAAUGCUAUUAAUGAGUAAUAUUUUUGUAACAUGCAAGGUAUGGACAUUCUAUUACAAUGUACAAAAAUAAUUUUUAUAUAUUAAUUUUAGUUUAUAGUUUAUUGUGGUGAGGUUGGUAAAAACAUAUACUUAAAUUUGAAUUAAGGUUCAUUUUCUAUGCUUUAUUAUUUCUUCUGAUUCAUUUUAAAUGGAUAAUGGUGUAUAGAGAACCUGUUUUGUAGCUGUUUUGAUUGAUUCAUGUUCUACAGAUCUUGUUAGAUAAACAUCGUUGAAAUGUGAGAGAGAAUUUUAACCAAUUUUCCAGUGUAAAGGAAAAAAUGUUUCAAGCUAUUGUCAGAAUUUCAAUAAUUACGUAAGACAAUACAAGCUGUUGUUAGAUAUUUUAAGAACUCAAAUAUUGUAGAUGACUUCAAGUCAUUUUAUGCCAAGUUGUGGAAAAUUGUUUCCUACUUUGAUUUUUGUUUCAAUAAAUAACUGAAAUUAUUUUUUCAGUAGAAA